AUGCCAAGCAACUAUGCACCCCUUCCCAACGACGACUCGGUUCUCCUUCCCCGCGAAUCCGACGAGGACAUCACAGCACAUAGCCGCCUACUCCCUUCCCUUCAAACAAACGCGGAUUCUGGAUUGAAAGUCGCUGAAGACUCCUCGUACACUUACAGUUAUGGCCCUCCCGGGCUGUCUGGACUGUGGCACAACUACUAUGCCUUCUUGUGUGCAGUCUUCGGCGUCCAUAGGCGGGCUGAGCUUUGGAUUGCCAAUGUACUUGUAAUGGAGGACUUUGUGGGCCGAUGGCCAAUAACACCGCUGCAGAAAGGCGCGCUCACUGCUGUUCUUGAACUGGGCGCCCUGAUUGGCGCUCUCACGUUCGGAGUUUUGGCCGAUAGAUACUCCCGCCGACAUUCCAUCUUCAUUGCCUGUGUCAUAUUCAACAUUGGCGCGCUCUUCCAAACAUUCGCGCGAACACUUGCAGACCUUUUCAUUGGUCGCGCUAUUGGCGGCAUUGGUGUCGGCGCUCUAAGCAUGCUUUCACCACUUUAUAUAUCGGAAAUCAGUCCACCCGAAGUACGCGGCUCGCUCAUUGCGCUCGAACAAUUCUCGAUCGUCCUUGGAGUUGUUGUCGGAUUCUGGAUUGGGUUCUUCACGCGAAAUAUCCCAGGUUCGGCGUCAUGGAGGAUUCCGCUUAGUGUCCAGAUCGGUCCCGGAGUCCUUCUAGCUUUCGGAGCGUUGUUCCUUCUUCCUGCUUCGCCUAGAUUGCUUGUGCUGAAAGGCAAAUACGACGAAGCAGAAGCUAGUCUGGUCAAGCUGCGCGGUCGCGACGACGCGCUUACAAAGAUCGAGCUUCUCGAAAUGCGUGUCGAAGCAGUAUUGAUUUCACAAUCUGACUCAGAUUCACCCAAGCCUGGUAUGCUUUCAGCGUGGCGGCAGUUGUUCUCCAAGAAGUAUCGCCCACGCACACUGGUGGGGGGUUCUUAUGAUGUUCUUCCAACGCAAGUCACAGUUUAUCUGGUGUUUCUUCAAAGCAUCGGUCUCAAAGGCAUAACUACCUUGCUGAUUGUUUCUGGGGGAAUUGGAAUUGUCCAAUUCAUUGCUGUUGGACCCGCUGUCAUCUAUAUCGACCGAGUUGGACGCAAGCCUUUGUUAAGAGGUGGUAGCUCGUUUAUGGCGGCGUCUCAUCUCAUCAUUGCCAUCCUCGUAAUGCAAGUCCAAUCGGACUGGAGCUCGCAUGCAAUAGCCGCAUGGGCCGCUGUUGCUGCAAUCUAUACAUUUACGUUUGCAUAUGGCGUCUCGUUUGGACCCAUUGGAUGGGUCCUCCCGAGCGAGGUCUUCCCGCUGUCGAUGCGCGGCCGUGGAGUGGCUCUAUCAACUGCCUCCAACUGGAGCAACAACUUCUUCAUUGGGCUCGUAACACCAAUCAUGAUGGAAUACUCACCUGCCGGGACGUUCCUCACAUUCGCCACAGCGUGCUUCGUGGCCUAUCUGUGGGCCACCUAUAUGGUGCCGGAAACAGCGGGCGUGACGCUCGAAGAUAUGGACCGCGUGUUUGGCGGGGACGCAGGAAGAGAGGACCGCGUCAGGCGGAGAGAGCUUGAGGAGGAGAUGGGGCUGCGUGCGAUGCCGGCAUCGAUAUAUCCGACCAGGGUACAGGUGGCGACGCUGACAAGCGGCAGUGCCCAGGCCAGACAGCGCGCGAUCAGGCGCAACGCCAACGACGGCGGCUCAGGCUCAUGGACGCAAUCGUUAGCCUCUGUGGUUCUAGCACGCGGUAAGCGCAAAGAUGGGGAUGUGAAGAGUGAGAACAGGGAAGACGAGAUCUAUGGAGACAGUGAGUGGAGCAAGAGAUUCUGCGGGCUCACGCUGGCGCGAGGCGGAUGGCCAUCCCCGUUACUAGUAGAAGGGGCGGCUAUGGGAACAUCACCAUGCCCGUGCGCUCGCUGCGACACGCUCGCAGUAUGUAGACCCCGUCCCGUCAACACCCCGACUGCGAUGAGCUUCCUUGUCCCUUUACCCCUCCCCGGGUACCGCGCGCGGCCCAGGUUGAAUGGCAAAGAGUGUUAUUAUGGCGCUGACGCUGAAGAUUACGAGUCGGAUUCAGACUACUUAGUCUUUGACACAAAACAACGCCAAAAGUCGACACGCAUUGUACGGAACGUGGCCUAA